CAACACGCUUGAUAUAAGCACAUAAGGUUAUGCUGUUAAAUCAUUACGUUUUUAAUCCUGAACUACAGUGCCUUUGUUGUUCGUCGCUUUUGUAAUCAUGGCAUUAUUAGCAAAAGGAAAACAAGCAACCAAGGGUCAAAAGCAAAUCUUGGAAGAAAACAAUAAUACAGUAGAUUUUUAUUCAAAAUUGAUGAUUGCUGUUGAGAUAGCAUAUUUUGUGUUUCGAUCAACCAUCUUUAGUUUUUCUGCUAGCUGGAUAUCAUGGACAAUGUUUGUAUUUGCUACCCUUGUUUAUAUUGGAUGUUAUAAAUUCAUGACGUCCAUGGCAAAACCAGCCUACUCUGAUACCGGUGCAUUAAUCGAUGGUGGGAUGGAUUUAAAUUCUGAGUCAGGCACUGCUGAGCAUGUGAAAGAUCUUAUACUUUUAACAGCAAUUGUUCAAUUCCUUGCUAUAUUUACAGACUACUUUUGGUUCUUCUUGCUUUUGGCUCCCAUGAGAGCAAUGUACAUGUUAUGGACAUACAUCCUAGGCCCUUGGUUCUUUGCUGAGGCACCAGAAGAAGAAGUUGACGCAAAGAAGCAAAAGAAAAUGGAGCGCAAGAUGAAACGUGCUGGUAUGAUGCAAUAGAUUAAAAUCUCAUUUAAUCAUAACAGGUACCAAGUAAGACAUUUUAUGAAUGAGGCUUUAGUUUCCAAAUAAUGUGUAUAGCUACACAGACACGCAGUAAGACAAACAAAUGAAAGGAAAGACAGACAGACAGACAGACAACACUGAAAUCACAUAGUGGCUCUAAGAUUUAAUAUUUAAUGAAUACAUUUUCAUGCUGUUAUUCUCGACUUUCACAUCCCCAUAAUCCUUUGCGUCUUUGGGGGGUAACCAGAGGGUAAAAACCCACUUAUUUUGCUGAAGGCU